CUUGGAGCAGAGCUUUGGGGUGUGUGUGGGGCACGCUUGCAGCUCUGGCCCAGCUGAAUUUAACCAGGAGGACUGUUCUGUCUUCCCUCCACAGCCUGGAAGUGUCUCCUCAGGUAGAAACCAGCUCAGCCGCUCCCUGUCCCUGCUCUGCCCGCUGUCCCACCCCAUGUCCUGCCACCCUCCCCGCUAGCAUGCCGAGCUCUAACCUCCUCCCCGCCUCUCCUGGACACAGCCAGGCCGGCUCCUUGUCCCCCACCAACCCAUUCCUCAACUCCCUGCACAGCAAUCCCUUCUUUGAGGAGCUCCUGGCUGACCAGGUACUAAAUUCUCCUUCACCUGCUCACUUUCUCUCUAGUUUGCCGCCUGGGCCGCAUGCCGCAGCAGAGGUCGCUGGGAGCUUUUGUUCCUCUGAGGAUUGCGGGGGCUCAGCCUCCCCGAGGCACACAGAGCCUGCAGCCCCCAGCCUCGCUGUUCCCGUGCCUGAAACAACUCCCCCAUCAGCGGGAGAGCCCCCUCCUGCCACCACCGACCCUGCCGUGCCCCCGCCGCCCUCCGAGUGGGACGAGACCUUCGACGCCUUUGCCACCAGCAGGCUCAAACCCGACAGGAACAGUGACAGCUUCYUGGCCUCGGUGACAGCCGAGGGCGUGGCGUUCAUCGAUGACCCCGACGCUGCCGAGCCACCCUGCCCCAAGGUGUUGGACCGGCCCGAGUCGCCCAUGGGUGCUGAAAUGCCCGCAGCUCUCCGCUCCUGGAGCAAUUUCUCCAAUUUAGACGUGGGUGCCAACCUGGUGAGCACCACGCAGGAGGCCACGGUGAUYGAGGACGUGCUGAGCCCCGUGUCGGCGGGGUCCAUGGCCAGGAGGAGGAAAAGCAGCACGCCCAUGGUGUGGACGGGCCCGUUUACCUCAGGAAACUCCGGGGAGAAAGAGGCAUCAGCGGCACCAAACCCUGAAAGCAGCACCAGAGAGGAAGGGGACAGCGGCGAGGAGGAGCUGUGUGGCACGGGCACCAACGGCUGGAUGACCAUAGCCACAGAAACUGCUCCUGAACCUUCUGAGAGCACCCCCAGUGUGGAUGAGGAGCGCACCGCUCCCGAGGGUGCCUUCAGCUCCCACCCAUCCUUCCUGGCCGAGGGUCCCUUUGAUCCCCAAAGCUCAGCCCGUGCCACCACCCGUGUGUUACCCAGGAGCCCGUUCCCCCCCGAGCCAGACCCCGAAGCUCUGCCCGGUGGCUCUGUGGUGGCUGUGCCCCCGCGCUCCAUGGUGGCUGUGCCCCCACGAAGGUUCCCCGAGCCGGGCACAGAGCCCAGCCCUGGCCAGGUGGGCUCUUUGGACAUCCGCAGCUCGGUGUUCCGGCUGCAGGCCAGCAUGCAGCUCCAGGCCAGCGAUGGUCAACCCAAACUGGCCCCUGACACCCGUGACAGACCCCUGGGGCUGCCCCCGUGGCCACGGGACCAGGAGGAGCCCGUGCCCAGCCCCGCUGUGCCACCCCCCAAACCACCCAGGCGGUUUGCAGCCAUCGGUGCUGGUGGGGACGGUGACGAGGGGGACCCUGGUGACACCCAGAGAGGCACCCAGGGGCSAUGGGAGGGCUCAGAGGAACCAGGAGCAGAGAUGGAKGUGCCAMRGAGCCGUGGGAGCAGCGAGCCCUCYGUGCCCACCGCUGAAGCCAAGGGCGAGUUCCCGGUGCCCGAGGGUGCCCGAGCUGCCSCUGUGGACUCAGGAGCUGAUGUGGACACAGAAACUGGAGAGCUGGGCAAAGGGGAACAGCUGUCGGAGAUGAACCAGACUGAUGGGGCCGAGCAGUUUGAGACUUGCACGUCCAAAUUCUCCCUGGAUGGACUGGAGCAGUCGGGGGCUGAGCAGAGCWGGAGCCAGCCCCGUGUAUCCCCUGAGAUGGGGGCUGCAGACAGUGCCAAGUGGGAGCCACCCUCCAGGCAAGAGCCAUUCCCUGAGGAGCUCAGCGUUUCAGGACUAAACCCACCUUCCAAGCUAGACCUGGCCCAGCCCGAAAUGUUCUGGACGGCUCUGGAAGAUCAGGAGGCAGCUGGGCAUCCAAAGCCACAGCCCCAAAGGUUAGAGCGUGGGGAGAGCCCAUCCCGGCUGGAGCUGGCGUGGGAUGGUGGCGAGGGGCGAGCAGAGGAGCGUGCCCGUCCUGGGCAGGCAGAGCAGGGCAGGGCCUCGGCAGAGAGCAGGAUCGACUGCAAGAGAGCYGAUUUCUGGAAGCCAGACAGGGCAGAGGAGAGACCCACUCGGGGAGCUUCAGCCCUGAGAAACCCCUUUACCCUGGCGCUGAGCCCCAGCUCCCCGAGCAACCCGUUCGUGGAGCAUCCCCCUGCCCCGCUGCCCGAAAAGCUUGAGCAGAGCCACUUCAGCUUCUCCGCAGCGCCUGGGCACGGCUCGCAGCCCCCUCACGCUCCCUCCCUGCAUGCCGGCCAGCCCCUGGCCUCCUCCACCCCUUUCCCGGUGGCUGUCGCUAACCCCGAGCCGCACGUCCCCGCCGCCGUGCCCGCCAGCCGCCAGUGCCCGCUGCCCCGGGACGCACAGGCUUCAGCGCUCCUGGUUCUGCCCAGGGAGACACGGCCGGCUCAGGAGCCCUUGGGCCAGCACAUGAGCAGGUGAGAGUGCGGGGAGCGAAGGGUGCGUGCUGGGGACACGGAGGGAGCUCCGGAGAGGGCUGUGCCCGGCCGGGUCCGCUCCAAGGGGCUGCUCUGGUGGUGCUGCAGCUCCUCCUGCCUCGCCCUGCCC